UCGUUCUGCAACGAGAUCUCGUGGCUACUGCCUCUCUCACUGCUCCACCAACUUGUCACCAAAGAUGGCGAUUUGCUGAGUGCUCAUGGAUACACACAUUUGUCGGUUAGCUCCUAUCGUACCCGAAACGCCAACUUUAAAAACUAACUAACUGCUUAGCGAAGCAACUGUUUCUCCAUCGGAAGAAAAUCUGACAGGACGUCAGCCGCCGCUACCAUGCAGAUCACGCUGAAAACACUGCAGCAGCAGACUAUUCAGAUUGAGAUAGACCCCGAACAAACGGUGAAGGCCUUGAAGGAGAAGAUCGAGGCUGAACGGGGAAAGGACAACUUCCCCGUUUCUGGGCAGAAGCUGAUUUAUGCCGGGAAAAUCUUGCAAGAUGACACGCCUAUUAAAGACUACAAGAUCGACGAGAAGAAUUUUGUCGUAGUGAUGGUGUCCAAGGCUAAACCUGCAGCUCCAGCCUCACCGCCAGUCUCAGAAGCCCCCAAGCCGCCUGUACAAGACUCAGGCUCCACCCCCGCCCCCGCCCCGGCUACAAACCCGGCUCCGGCCCCGGCUCUGGCCCCGGCCCCCGCAGCUGUCCCCAUUUCUUCAGAGGAGGCCAAACCGGAGCCCAACCCGGCAGCCACAGAACCCCAGCAGCCAGCCAGCUCCAGUGGCGUCAGUCAGGGCCUGGACGCCUCCUCAACGCUCGUGACUGGAGCCGAAUACGAGGCCAUGCUGACAGAGAUCAUGUCUAUGGGCUACGAGAGGGAGAGAGUGGUAGCUGCACUACGGGCCAGCUUCAACAACCCUCACAGAGCGGUGGAGUACCUCCUCACUGGUAUCCCCAGCAGCCCGGUUCAGGAGAGCAACCCACCGGCCCAGGCCCCCACAUCUGGCCCCACGGAGCCUCCGUCUCUAGCAGAAGGUGAGAACCCACUAGCAUUCCUGAGAACCCAGCCGCAGUUCCUGCACAUGAGGCAGGCCAUCCAGCAGAACCCGGCUCUGCUCCCAGCUCUCCUGCAGCAACUGGGCCGAGAGAACCCACAACUUCUACAGCAAAUCAGCCAACAUCAGGAGCUGUUCAUCCAGAUGCUGAACGAGCCGGUGGGAGAAGGAGGCGACGCCCCAGAGGUCGGCGAGAUGGGGGCGGCGGGCGAAGAGGGCGCGCCCGUCAACUACAUCCAGGUCACACCGCAGGAGAAGGAAGCCAUCGAAAGGUUAAAAGCUCUGGGUUUCCCCGAGGCUCUGGUCAUCCAGGCCUACUUCGCCUGCGAGAAGAACGAGAACCUGGCGGCCAACUUUCUCCUCAACCAGGGACUGGAAGACGACUGAACGGGAGCAGAGCUCUGCCCCCCCCCACCCCCCCUCUCACCCCCCAGCACCAACACCAACACCACCAACACCCUCCUGCCCCACCCAUCCCACCGCUCCCCCCUUCCUCAGCUCAACAUAAAGACUGCACCCCCUGAUCUUACUGUACGACCUCAGCUCAAGCAGACAGGAGGGGGAGGGGGGGCCAGUUGGGGGGUGGAGGGUUGAAUGCAGGAAGGUCAGAUUAUGGGAGUAGUUGGGGGGGAGAGAAGUGUGGAAGAAUGAUGAAAUCCACGUGAAUUCCAAUGGAAUGAGUGGGGUCAGCUUAGGGGAGAUGGUGAUUUGAUUUUAGGUGCGCUUCGUGAACAUUAGGGAGGGGGAGGGGCAGAGGUGGUGUUGGUGGCGGGGGGGGGGAGGCGGUGGGGGGGGUGCGUGCUCAUGUCUGUGUGUGUGAGAGUACGUGUCUGUGUAUGCCUGUGCAAGAUGGAUGCGACACAGUUAGGCUGAAGAAGAAGAAGAAGAAAACAACCCAACAACAACGUAAUCAAGCUGGCAUCCUCUAAGGUCGUUAAUGCUGUAGCGCGGUCAGUCGGUCGGUCAGUCGGUCGGUCAGUCGGUCGGUCAGUUGGUUGAACGCGCUGCGACCGCAUCAUCAGCGUGUGUAAAAAAAAGAAAAAAAAAAAGCAACAAAAAACAAACUGCUUUGUGUGUACCUCUGUAAGCCUCACAUCCGACAAUGAAAUUAGAAGAAGUGACAGACUGGACUGUGCUGCCCGUUUUGUUUUCUUUUCUUUUUUUAACAUCUCUCUGUCUCAACAUGGUUCUGGAGUCAUGAAGUCAAAAUAGGAACAAAACCAUCACAGAACACAAUCUUUAACAAUCAGUUGAACUCCUGACCGUCUGAGCGGGAGUCCACACACACACACACACACACACACACACACACACACACACACACACACACACCAUGCCUUCCUCUUCAAAAGAAAACUGGUUUCUGUUCCUUAUGACACUACAUAUUAAAUACUGACUUCUCACGCCACUCUCCUCUGACAGCUGUGGUUUCAUUCUGAGCAUAACAUUAUGAUCAAACAUUAUUAAUGACGGCAACUUGAUCCAAAAACGGACAUUUGAUCAGAAACUGGACGACUCUGCGUGUCUCAGCUGGGCUUGGGCCGAGCAGAACUCCAUGAAUCAAGAUCACUGUUGUCAUUAAAAUAAAACGCAAUAAUUAGUCAAACUGAACUUGUUGCAAUAGUUUGAUGAACAUCCUCUUGUGUUCAGAUCUCAUUGGGAAUGCACCGAUCAGGCCGAUUUCAGUCUGAUCCUGAUUUUUAUUUUUAUUUUUUCCCCCCUACAGACUAACGGAAACAAAUAUGCUUCAGGAUAUUUGAAUGCAAAUGAAGCAAAUGAAGGAAUUGCAAAAUUUAAAUAUUCAUAUUCAUGGCUUUAAUGUUGAUCUUACUUUUAGUUCUAUAGCUUAAGAACUUGCUGCUUGUUUCUAGGCUGCAUUUAAUCAGCGGCGUAGAAAACUGGCAGGUUUCAGCGGCCUGCCGAUCAAAACAAUCACCUCAGGUCUUUUCAUUCAGGAUUUGGCGCCAGACAUGCCAAGAUUAGCUGGAUAAUGAGACUGUCUCCGAUUAAUUAGUUAAUUCGAUUCAGCUGAUCUUAGUCUGCAACUGUAGUAGUAAUAAUACAAAAAGCUUUACCUGAUCAAUAGUGAUCGAUGACCUUUUGACUCCAGGCCGUGUCCAUGUUUUCAUCCAGGCAUUUCUUCAGCCACCUUACUAGCUUUAAUUUAUAGAAACCUUUUGUUUUGUUUUCAGCCUUGGUUCUGCUUACGGCCUGUGCCCAGUCUGACCACAUGAAGUGUUCCCCAAACAGAACCAUUAACCAGUGUCGGAUGGUCCUUCCUCCUCCAGUAUCUGGACUCUGACAGCUCCAGGCUUUGGACUGAAGGUGUUGUCUAAAUUCCCCACUGGCUGUUUCAGCUGUACUCUUUAAAUGUUGUGUAUUUUUUACUUUAGACCCGGAUCACUGAAAGAACCGGUUGUGUAGCUUUUAAAGUGGGGUAAGAGCAGGAACGCUCUCUGUCGUACCACCAUGAAGGUUUGGAGAACCUUGAGGCGACCCGGGUUCUGUUCUUCCACUGAGCGUUAACGACUACCUGGAAGAAACGUUUUGAUAUUUUAACUUUUAGUUCUGAAGACUUCUCACCCAUGGGAUUUCCAUUCAAGGUCCGAUCCUAACUUGGAACCCUCUUAUUUUUAUUUUUUUUUCCAGAACAUAAAAUAUUCACGCUAAAGUUCUUAUUGUAGAUAUAUAAGCAUGAAGGACAAGGCCCUGGUUUGUUUUAUGGGAUUCAAGAAUAGAUGCUGUUACCGGUAACACAAGUGCAUUCUCUCUCUGUCUCUGUGUGUGUAUGUGUGUAUGUGUGUGUGUGUGUGUGUGAAGGCAGCCUGUACUGAUUGUUGUCCUACAGCAUCAACAUGAUCUUAGACUAUGCUGUGCUACAUUAAAUAUCGGCAGUCUUUCAGCUCCCUGA